GCCACAGAAACAUUGCAAGGUGAUGCAUAAAGCAGACAAACUGCCCCCCUAAACAACGACAUUCUACUUGACUUCCACGCAUCAUGCACGCUCUACAGAAGUGUCUUCUAGUCACAGCUGUGACAUGCCUCAUACAAAAUGCACUGGGAAGUGAAAUCAUAAAUGGCAAAAAGGCUGAUGAAAAGUCCAUGCAGUAUAUGGCAUCAGUACAAAACAACAAAAAACACACAUGUGGAGGAUUCCUUGUCAGUAAAGACUUUGUAAUGACUGCUGCGCACUGUCGUUUUGAGAAUCCUAAAUCCUUAAGUGUUGUUCUGGGCACCCAUGAUCUCAGGAAGGAAAAUAAGAAAAUGAGAUAUGGAGUAAAAAUGAUCUGCAGACACCCUGCCUUCAAGGAAGUUGCAAAUGGGAAUGACAUCAUGCUCCUCAAACUGUCUAAGAAAGUUCCCCUGGGUAACAAAAAACCAAUUAAGCUAAUUCCACUUCCAAUUCAAAAACUAAACCUGGAGGAAAACGAGAUCUGCAGUGUAGCUGGAUGGGGGCCCACAGAACCUGGUAAAUCUGGUUAUGUUAAUGAGCUGCAAGUGUUGGAUGUUCCCAUCAUUAACAAGGACAAGUGUCAGAAGCUGUGGAGAAGAACUUUAAAAAAUGUUAUUUGCACCGGUGGAUACAAAGCAAAGAGUGGAAUCUGUCAGGGUGAUUCUGGUGGGCCUCUCGUAUGUAACGAGUCGGCUGUUGGCAUUGUUUCCUUUAACAACAACAAUAGCUGUAAAUAUCCAGAUGUCCCAAACGUCUAUACAGACAUAUCGCAAUUUCUUCCUUGGAUCACAGAUAUUCUCAAGAAAAAAAAAUGCAAAGGGUAAAAAAUAUUUUCCAUGUUAUUGCGUGUGUAUUGUAAGACUGUUAGGCAAGUGACAUGUGAGCUGUGUAAACUGCUUAAAUUCUGCAAUAUCUAACAUUAACUGUAUCUAACAAAAUAUCUAACAAUAUCUAAGCAAUAUCUAACAAAAACUGCUGAUGACUCUUUCAUUGUCAAGCUUACAAAUAGAUCAGUGACAUAGUAGCUUUGAAGUGCACAAGUUAGUAUCACGUAUGAAAAAAGUCAAAGGAGGUUUUCCUGUGGUUCGUUGGUUGUAUUACAUAAACUAACGAGAACUAAUAUCCACUGACAAGUCAGAAAGCUCAUAAACAGUCAUAUCCAGGGCAAUUUCAUCUCAUUUUACUAAAGCCUGCCCGAUACUGGAAACAUGGACAGGCACUUCACCAGGGCACAAACUCCUCAAUCCAUAUCAUGAGAUAAAAAUGUCAUCAGAACAAAUACAUUUUUAAAAAAUGUAUAGUUUUGUUUGACAUCACAAUUGUACGUGGCUAUUGGGAAGUCAAGUGACUUCACAAAAUUUUGAUAAUAGACUAAUUUCCUGUAUUUAGUAGUCUUUUUUCACAUUUUAUUUUACAUCAGUUUAUAAUGUGAAUGCUGUUAUUUAUGAAAAAGAAACCAAAAUCCAGACACCAGUUCAAUUUCAAAUAAAAUAUAAUGUGUCAAUAGUGAGCCUUGUAUUAAACAUGACAAAAGUCAUUUUGUAUACAAAUAAUCUUCUGGAGCCCAAAGUUCAGGCGUCAGAUUCCUCCACACACGUCAUUUCAGAUUAUUUCUACCCUUGGAGGUUUAUGAUGUCAUCGAGAGGAAACAUCCCUUAAAUGGUCAUCUCAGGUACACAACUCUGGCCGUCCAUAAUUAGAUCAUUUAUUUUAUUAUUCAUGAAUGCCACUUGGAUGAAUGUGAAAUUAUAUACUCAGUGCCUUAUUUUUUAUUAUGUUGUUAAAAAAAUAAGAAAACCAUAUAGUCACACAGCGCUUUAUUUUAUACACUUCGAGUACUUUAUCUACUUCACAUCUAUGAUCUAACCACACAGGUACAGGGAGGACAUGCAAACCUCACAUAUAAGGGUGUAAGGCAGGGUUGGAACAAAGCCCCUUCUUGCUAACCCUUCACUCAAGCACAAUGCUACCCUUAAAUGGAACAGGUAUGGCAUUGUGUAAUGAAGUUCAGCUCUAAGGUGUGAACUGUUGCUUCCUUAAACAGCUAAUUUAAGUGACUUCCUAGAUGGAUCAGUUACCCAUUGCUUGAAUAGAUAUCAGUGUAAUGGAGGAAAACACAGUAAUAAUGAAUGAAAACACUGAAAAUUGAAACAAAGACAUUUUAUGGCACCAUGAUGGCAUCAGUUUGCUCUUGCAGUGAAAUUUUGGACAAUUUAACUCCCCUUUUCACCACUAGGGGACAGUGUUUUACCAGAAAAUUUGAGUGAUAAACAAGAAAUGUGUGUGUUUGGUCUGAGAUCAGGGUGGUAAGAGGUUACAGAAGAGCUUACAGAAAGAAGUUUCUGGGUAUAAACUGGGGCUUUUCUGUACUGUUUUGUGUUUUUACACAGCCCAGUGAUAAACUGCAGGUGUAGAUUGAUUUCUUCCUCUUAACUAAAGACAGUUACAACAGCAUGCAUUUAAUAAGAAGAAAAUAGCUUGGUGGAUAGCUUUAUACCUUUCAAGGGCAAUAAGAUGACUGCUUCAUUAUUGUAAGAUGACCACCACCAAAAUGAAGCACCUAGAUUGUUUUUCUUUCACAGACAAUUUACAGCCUUUUAUAUAAAGGUACUGUUAACAUCUUGUUAGUCUACUGUUGCUAAUAAUUAGAUAAAUAAUUAUGACCUCCACACACUCUCUUGCUAAUGAAAAUAUUUGCCAUAAAAUUCUCAAACUGGUGCAUUUUCUCAGUUGAAAUGUUUUGUAUAUUUUUGUGCUCUAUUGUGA